CUCCGUCUCCAGUUGCGGAAGUGACGUCAUAAGCACCGGGAGGCCCAGCUAAGUGUUUACUAAUGGUGGCUUCAUGUCACUACAUCGGCUAUACUUGGAUUUUUGAAUUAAUGCGAACAAACACUUGGUGAAUUGUUCUUCAAGUGUGUGAUGGCGGAUCCUGCGGUGGCCUCCGGAGGUUCGCUGGCUACCAGCGGGCGUGCAAGUGGCAGUAAGGCGGCCACCAGCCCGGUGGAAAACUACCAGCUGGCCAGACGACGAACCUUACAAGUUGUUGUGAGUGCCCUCCUAACAGAAUGCGGCUUUGACUGCGCCGAGAAGGCAGCGGUGGAAACGCUCACCGAGAUGAUGCAGAGUUAUAUAACAGAAAUUGGGCGAUGUGCUAAAUCGUAUUGCGAACACACGGCCAGAAGCAUCCCGACUCUUUCGGAUACUGUGGUGACGCUUAUCGAAAUGGGAUUCAAUAUUGACACGCUGCCCGUGUACGCUAAGCGCUCCCAGAGGAUGGUCAUAACUGCACCUCCGAUUACAAACCCACCUUUGACCCCCAAAGCACUGUCGGCUGGACAUAAGCGCACACAUCCGCCUCACAUCCCUAGCCACUUCCCAGAAUUCCCAGACCCUCACACUUACAUUAAAACACCAACAUUCCGAGAGCCUGUCUCGGAUUACCAGGUGGUGCGAGAGAAAGCAGCCACUCAGAGGAGAGACGUGGAGCGAGCGCUCACGCGCUUUAUGGCCAAGACCAGCAAAACCCAGAGCCUGUUUAAGGAUGACGUCAGUGCCUUCCCUUUGAUUGCCGCGCAGCCGAGCGCCAUUCCGUACCUCAGCGCUCUCUUGCCAUCCGAGCUGGAACUGCAGACUCUGGAAGAAACCGACUCCUCUGAGCAGGACGACCAGACUGACAGCGAGAAUGCAGCCGGGAACAUCAUUAGCGACGACCUGGGUGUGGACAAGGAGAACGCCAUGCUUCCUCCAAAUGGCACCAUACCCUCCACAAAAGGCAACGAGGACAACGUGAUUGACAACCCAUACUUGCGGCCGGUCAAGAAGCCCAAAGUGAGGAGGAAGAAAUGAACCAGGAUCUGGACAAAACCUACGGACUUUCUGUCCCCAACCCGCCCACCCGCCCCCCACCGGGCCUCGCACAGCUGGCUUCCACUUCCUCGUGCCACUGGUCCAUCCACCUACCUGUGUUCUAUUCAAGAGAACUGUGGUUUGAGCGGUGAGUGGUUUUCUUUGUUGAAACACUCUUGUUUAAAACUUCAUAAAAAAAAAGACUUACUGUGUUUACACAAAGUGUUACAUCAGGUAUUUUGUGAAUAAAGAAAAUGUUUUGUUUCUUCUUA